AUGCCAAAGCCUCUGCCUGUGUCCUCAUCCCCACUCAAGGCCCAACCAGAACCCAAACCUCCUCCUAGGCCCAUGUUCUGGUGCCACGUCCCUCUCCAGCCAGAGUGGAGUGCUGAUGGCAUGUUCUAUGAAAGUUUUGCAGCUUUCCCAGGAAGGCGCUCUAAAAUCUCGGUUUUAAAUGGCUCAGCUCGCACCCUGUGGUCAGUGAGGGCCUUUCUGUGUGGCGUUUGCAUGUUGUCAAGACCACCUACACUGAGAGACCACCUAAACUGUCAUGACCAAGAUCAGAGUGUAUUGAGAUCAAAACAAAACCAAGACUUUGAGGGCUUCAUCUUCAUCACAUCCAGCAUCACAAUGCUCUGCCUGAAGCUCACUCUACUCAGCUUACUUACUGCAGCUCCUGGCUUCCUUGUUUCUGGAGAAAAUAUAAUUACUUGCUCUGGUGACCACAUGUACUUGGAGUGUGACACUGGAGUAAUAUCGGUGCAGUCUUCUGUGUACGGGCGUACGAACAGCGAAACCUGUAGUGCUAAUCGGCCCCAUUGUGAUGUUGUUAAUACCGACUGUUCCGUGACGAUUUCCACAGUUGCUGGGAGAUGUAAUGGACUAAAAAUCUGUCAGUUAAAGACGGAUUUAUUAGGCACCCCUGACACCUGUGAAGGAACCUACAAGUACUACAACACCACUUAUGACUGUGUCAAGGCCCGGCGCACUGUGGUCUGUGAGUAUGGCUACAGCACACUGGACUGUGGAUAUGAUAAUAUAUAUAUCAUGAAUGCAAACUACGGUCGUGAUAAUUCUCAAACCUGUUCAUCUGAACUCCCCAAUGAUUUGAUCAAGAACACCAACUGUUGUGCUCCGGGCGUACACUCAGCUGUGGCCACACUGUGCAAUGGACAUCAGAAGUGCACUGUAGAAGCUUCAAACAGCGUCUUUAGUGAUCCUUGUGCUGAUACUUAUAAAUACCUCAGUGUGUCGUACUUUUGCACUCGUGAAAUUGUGGUCUGUGAAGGCGACACUGCUUCACUGCUCUGUGGUGAUCACAAAAUAAAAGUUUUUGGUGCUGACUAUGGCCGAACCGAUUCCACCAUAUGUGCUUUCGGACAAACAAAAAUACAAAUCUCCAACACAGAGUGCUCCAUGUUGGACGCAGCAGAUAAAGUUAAAGCUGGGUGUGAAGGACGUCACAGCUGUGAGAUCACUGCUUGCAAUGAUGUAUUCUCUGACCCCUGCCCUAACACAUUUAAGUACCUGAAAGUUGUGUAUGCCUGCGUCUGA